GUCUGUGCGUGUCCUGCCACGUCAGUCUCUGACGGAAGUCAGAGGAGUAUCCCGGGCAGGGAAGGCGGUGCUCUCCGGAGAUGUAGCCGUGUUUUCAGUCCUACUGAAGUACGAGGAAAGUAAUAAGAGGUCAGCGGUUGCUCGAAAGAUCUAAAGGAAAGACCAUGGACACCAGCAAACUGGCUGAGAGACUCGUUGAAGCCGGGCAGUCUCACCUUCUCCAGUUUUGGAGCCAGCUGAGCCCUGAGGAACAAGCUGAGAUGAUUGUCGAUUUGGAGAGCAUGAACUUCAUGGAGAUCAAUAACUUCUAUAAAAAUGCCAUGAAGACGUCUGGGCAGACCUCGCAGGAGAAGAUGGAUACCAGGAUGGAGCCGGUGCCCAGAGACGUUUUGGGAAGCAUAACACGCGAUCAUGAAUGUCUUAAAGGAUGGGAAGAAGAGGGCCUGCGCUGUAUAUCGGAGAACAAAGUGGCAGUUCUUCUAUUGGCUGGGGGUCAAGGGACACGGCUGGGUGUAUCAUUUCCAAAAGGCAUGUAUGAUGUGGGCCUCCCUUCCCACAAAACCCUCUUUCAGAUCCAGGCAGAACGCAUCAGAAGACUUGAACAGCUCGCUGAAAAACAAUACUCAAGGAAGUGCUGUAUUCCAUGGUACAUUAUGACAAGUGGCAGAACAAUGGACAUGACCAAAAAGUUCUUCACAGAUCACAAAUACUUCGGCCUGAAGGAAGAGAAUGUGUCUUUCUUUCAGCAAGGCAUGCUUCCCGCUUUGGACUUCAAUGGGAAAAUUAUUCUAGAGGGCAAAGGCAAACUGUCCAUGGCACCAGAUGGAAAUGGGGGCCUGUACAGAGCUCUGGGGACACAGAACGUUGUGAAAGACAUGGAGACAAGAGGAAUCUCCUACAUCCAUGUCUACUGCGUAGACAACAUUCUUGUGAAAGUUGCCGACCCUGCUUUCAUAGGCUUCUGUACACUGAAAGGAGCCGAUUGUGGUGCAAAGGUUGUGGAGAAGACCAAUCCAACAGAAGCAGUGGGCGUGGUCUGCAAGGUGAAUGGGCGUUAUCAAGUAGUGGAGUACAGUGAGAUUACCUUGGCAACGGCAGAGAAGCGAAGCACCGACGGACGACUUAUGUUCAGUUCCGCCAACAUAGCCAAUCACUUCUUCACCCUCACAUUCCUCAAAGAGAUUGUUAGGACUCACGAGCCGCAGUUGCAACACCAUGUGGCACAGAAGAAAAUUCCCUUCGUGAACACACAAGGACAGCUAAUCAAACCCGACAAACCCAAUGGGAUUAAGAUGGAAAAAUUUGUCUUCGACAUAUUCCAGUUUGCCAAAACAUUUGUGGUAUAUGAGGUUUUGAGAGAAGAUGAGUUUUCUCCGCUGAAAAAUGCAGACAGUCAGGAUGGGAAGGACAACCCGACUACGGCCCGUCAGGCCCUCAUGUCCUUGCAUCACCGCUGGAUCUUAAACGCGGGAGGACAUUUCGUUGAUGAGAAUGGAACACCUAUACCUGCUAUACCCAGAGUUGGACCAGCAGGGACAGUCGCACCUGAACUCAGCCAGAACCUGAAGGAUGGAACAGAUCUACCAAUCAAAUGUGAGAUCUCUCCUCUUGUGUCUUAUGGUGGUGAGGGCUUGGAGCAUCUUGUGAAUGGAAAAGCUUUCCAGCCCACUCUGGUCAUCGAUGAGAACGGCGUCCACGAGCUUGUGAAGAACGGCCUGUGAACCUCAAACCAGCUGCUGCACUUAAAACCAAAACGAAGACUCUUUAUCUUUUUUUUUCAUCUUUAUCUCACUUCCUGCCAGGGUGGUGGAAAAUCUUGUGCAAUAAAAUGAAGGAAGGGUGUCAGAAGGCUAAUCACAAUCAAGUCAUUUUAUAAUCAAACUAUUUAUUUUGCGAAGACUUAUUUUUAUAUCAAUGUGCAGUGCUCUUUUUUUCUACAAUUGGAACUUAUGAAUUUAGCUGUUUAAUUUAUAAAUGGAUGUAUCAAAUGAUAUGCAGUAAUGUAGAUUGCAUGAUUGGACACUGCUAAGAUUUUAGGCAUUCCUGCUUAAUCUGUUCCUCUGUCUGAAAAUGUAGGUACAUGUAAAACAAAGUUUGGUCUUCUCUAUGGAUGUCUGUUUUUGACAAAAUGUGAGUUAGAAUGUGAUGUUGCAUCAGACUUUCCAGCAGCGUUUAUUAGAGAACUUCUGACUGGUUGCCACUUACAGUACAGUGCUUUAGAAAGCACCAUUAGCUUUUGUCUGCACCGUCUGUGUUAGUUUGUUUGUGCACAUCAUCCAUGUAUAAAAUAAUUUGUCAUGAAGAAGGA